GCCUAUCCCGCUGUUGUUGGCAACAGCGGCAACUAAAGCGGGAAGGAUAUAAACGCUGUCAAGUAAACUCGUCUUCGUAAUUCUCUCUUAACAAUAAUAACUCGACCUUCCCUUGCUCGGCACUUUGACGUGUGUGUAGUUACAGCCAGUGGUUAACGGAGACGGCGCCUGGCUAAUUGUUUAGCAGCAUGUUUACAAGCUAAUGCAUGUGAAUGUACGCGAAGGCAGCGAGGCGAGUCGUGCUGACCUUAGCUAAGUUCUCACCUCACAUGACCAACAAGUGGAGUGUACUUGUUUACUGUCUAUGGCCUCCAAAGCAGCUUGGCAAGAACCUUUCGUCAACAUUUUCAAACAUUUCAGAGUUGGAGAGUGGAAGAAAGCUUCAAAAGGAGGAGAUGUGUCUACAUACACGGACAAGACCCUCAACUGUUCCGUGUUUCGGAUCAAGGGUUCUGUACCUACCAUUGGGUACAUCCUCGUACCUAAAAACACCAGCCAGUCUAUGGGUUUGACAGGAAGAUAUUUUUACCUCCUCUUCAAUCCUUCACAGGGGAAAUCUUUUUCGAUUGUGCUGGAUGUCAUUGCAGAGGAUGGCCGGGUGGUCCGAAUCUCCAUCUCCAACAUGUUCAAAGAGUUCAAAUCUACUCCGACGUCACUCUGUCUGCCUUUCCUGUGCGGAUCUGACAAGGAUAUGUUCAUUGAAACGAAAGAUCCAUCAAGAGGACAAGUUUCUGAAGCCCCAUCUCCCAGCCAGGUCCGCUGGACCUGUCUGAUGAUGGAUUUGCAGGAAACACUCUCAACCUACCUCAACCAACUCCACUUCAAGCAUCUGAAGAAUGUCAAGCUUUGUGCCUACAUGUCCGUGAAAAACAUGUUUACAACCAACAUGCUACUCAAUCCGGAGCUUUCCUAUCAUGACUCCAAGCAAUUGGCUGGGGCCUCUUCAGAGGCCGCAGCACCAAUGCCCAGAGACAUGGCAUUUCCGGUGCCCAAGGGACAAUCCUGGCUUGACUUGUACCAUUACUUCAGGUUUCCCCCAAAAGAACGACACACAGACAUCAAAGAAAAAGACAAGAAGAAGAACGAAGCCAGAAGUACGCGAAGCCUCGCUGUACAAGAAAAAAGCCAACCUGUUGUGAGCAGCAUACCGGAGCUGGGGGAAAUUGUCACUGAGCAGACUGACCACAUAGUUGAUCAGCCAAAGAACCACACACGCUCCCGUCGUAACCGGCGCCCAGCUACCCCUUCCUGUAACACUGAGGACGGCGGUGCUGACGUGUUUGUGCAUCAGCGGGCUGACGUCCACACUGAGCAGACUGACCACAUAGUUGAUCAGCCAAAGAACCACACACGCACCCGUCGUAACCGGCGCCCAUCUACCCCUUCCUGUAACACUGAGGACGGCGGUGCUCACGUGUUUGUGCAUCAGCGGGCUGACGUCCACAAACACCACGGGGAAACUGAUGAGUAUGUUGAAAGUCCUCUUCCACAUCCUGUCUGGAUGUCAAUUUCUGAAGACACCAAAGAGCAAAAGCUGUUGCCGGACCCAAUUCUCAGGCUCAGGAGAAUCAUCGGUUUUGGAGGAGCCACCACCAAAUGUGCCUUAUGGACCAGAUUAGGUGACGCUGUGGUGUAUCCAUGUCAUGCUAUUGUCAUCUCCAUGAAGAUAGACUCCAACGAGCAGAGAUUCUUCAUCGGCCAUACUGAUAAGGUGUCCGCACUGGCAUUCAAUGGCAACUCUACAAUGCUGGCCUCUGCACAAACGGGUAAUUAUUGUGUAGUUCGAGUAUGGAACUACCUAAAAGGUAAUUGUCUGGCCAUGUUCAGGAUGCAAGCCCAGUCUGUUACCUCUCUCAGCUUCUCAUACAGCGGCGGCUUUCUUUGUGGAGUUGGCAAAGACAACCACGGCAAAACGUUGGUCGUGGUUUGGAACACGGUUAAUGUUAGCAAUGGUGGAGAAGUGAGUAUCUUGGCCAAGACAAAAACAGAUGUGGACAUUACAACCAUGAAGGUUGCAAACUUUGAUGAUACAAGGCUGGUGUCAUGUGGUCAUGAUAACAUUCGUCUGUGGCGGGUGCGCAGUGGUAUACUGCGUUCCUGUCCGAUCAAUCUUAGUGAUUAUAAAUCAUUGGACUUCACUGAUGUGGCAUUUGAGGAAGGAGACUCCCCUGAUCAGCAUCUUGAUGACCGAACUCUAUUUGCUAGCAGCCAAAGUGGCCACAUCUUUGAGAUUGACUACACCAGAGUUGUCAUUAGAAAUGUCAGGUGGUUGUUUCCAAUGCCACGGCAGGAGAAAUUGACUUUAAACAAAGGUCAUGGCAUCGCAAUCAACAGCAUCAGCGUGUCCCCAUCUUUCUGUGCCACGGGCUCUGAAGACGGCUACCUGCGGCUUUGGCCUCUGGAUUUCUCCGGUGUCUUCCUAGAGGCUGAACACGAGGGUCCUGUAAGUGUGGUGUCUAUAUCGUCAGACAGCAUGCAAGUCCUGGCCGCCACCUCAACAGGUAACAUGGGAUUCCUCGACGUAACAAGUCGGGGUUACAACACGCUGAUGAGGUCGCACACGGACACCGUGCUUGGCUUCAGUGUUGAUGGGAUUCGCAGACAUCUCACAACCGCUUCUUCAGACGGCACAGUACGCAUUUGGUCUAUGGACUCCUUGCAUCAGCUGUAUGACUUUGUGUCAGAAGAUAGGCCCUGCUCGGUGGCCUUCCAUCCCAGUGAGCAGAUCUUCUCCUGUGGCUUCAACUCUGGUAUUGUCAGAGUCUUUGAUCUCUCCUGUGGCAAGCUCAUGGUUGAACACAAUGAUUUCAGUGGUGAAGUGGUGGGUCUUGCCUUUUCUCCCGAUGGAAGCUCCAUGUACAGCGCUGGUUCAGAGGGCUCUCUUGCACGCUACUCCUCUUCUGGGAAAGGCAACCAGUUGAUCAAAGUUGUAUGUGGUUUGGUGGCCCGAGGCACUGGCCGCGCUCCAGAUGCCCUCACAGUGAGCAGUGACAGCCACUGUCUGGCGUUUGUCGGCCCCUCUGAGUACACAGUCACCAUAGCUAACGCGGUAUCUCUAGAAGAGUCGCUCAGAGUGGAUGUGAGUAUUUUGGACGUGGACAGCAACUUUCUGGAUUCUGCGCUGAAGGUCUGCUUCUCUUCAGCCUCCCCUAAGCAUUUGUUGGUAGCUACAUCCGCAAACAAAAUCCUCUGGGUUGACACUAAAACGGGCUGUUUGCUCCGGCAGGUGACCAAAGUGCACAAGCACUGGUGUUCCUCUCUGGCUGUGAGCGAAGACAGACGAUUCUUAGUAACAGCAGGACAUAUUUCUGUCAAAGUGUGGGAUUAUAAUAUGCAACUGAAAACAAACUCACAGAUGUUUAUAGGUCAUAGUCAGCCCAUCAACCAGGUGAGCUUUACCCCUGGCCAACUGGGCGUGGUCUCUGUAGGGGACGCCAUAUUCCUGUGGGACUUCCUGGCACAGCCUAUGGACUUGCUGCUUUCCAACUGUUCAAGACCCUCAUCCUCAGCUGUAGGUGAGGUACAAGCCUGCAAUGAGUUGCCUCGACAAAGUGCACCGCUCCCCUUCUCUCCUCCACCGCCAGUGGAUAUUAGCGCCAUGGACACCCAAGAGUUUGAACAGGACGUCACAGUGAUUGGUUCAGAUCCCAGCUGCAAUUCCAAGCCUGCCACGUCCUUCCUCAAGAUCACAGAACCAAGUGAUGUCACAAACCUGAAUACCUGUCUUCAGGGUUUUUCUACGAAAAAGCCAGUGCGCCCAGAUUGUUAUCGACACUUUAUACCACGUUUUAAUAAUUCCACUCUUGAUGAGACUGCUGUGACUCCUCAAGCAUCAGAAGCGGCCAUGAAGCUGAAAGCCGUAAUUGGUUACAAUGGUAAUGGACGAGGCAACAUGGUGUGGAGCCCUGAUCAAGGUUUAUUUGCGUACUCUUGCGGUGGUGUGGUGGUGGUGGAGUACCUCAACUCAGGACGUCAGAGGCACUUACAAGGCCACAAUGAGGAGAUCUCUUGUCUCGCAAUCUCAAAUGAUGCUAAGAUAAUGGCAUCUGCAGCCAUAAAGUGUAAUAGCAGCAGCCUCAUUUGCAUUUGGGACAUUCAGAGUGGAGAUUGUUUGAAAACCAUUUCCUACCAUAGAGGGGCAGUGCAGUGUCUCGCUUUCUCCAAAGACGAUUGUUUCUUUCUCUCCGUAGGAGACUUCACCGACCCAAUGGUGGCUCUGUGGAGCAGCAAGACACUCCAAAUGCUCUCCGGCGUGACUGUCUCAGUGCCGAUUCACGACGCAGCCUUCUGCCCCUCUGCACCCGCCCAGCUUGCCUGUGUGGGAAGACAAAGUGUUUACUUUGGCCUUAUUCAAAGCGACGGGCAAGAUGUAGAGCUCAAGGUUAUGACAGUGAGGGCACCAGCAGAAGUUGGCGAUGUGGAAAUGACGGCUGUUUGCUAUCAUACGGACUCCUUACUAUUUACCGCCACCAACCGAGGACAUCUUUGUGUCUGGGACAUCAAGACACAGACCUGCUUCAUGACAUGGGAGGCUGAUGAGGGCGAGAUUGGCAUCCUGCUGUGUCGAGGGAACAGCCUGUUGACAGGCAGCAACACCCACUGGCUGCGACUGUGGGAGGUAGAAGCUGUGCUAGGUAUGAAGCCUCAAGCAAAGGCAUUCAGCAGUAAAGACAGUGGGAAAUCAGUGGUGUUGAAGCAGGAGAUAAUGCUGGAUGGGACCACAGUCAGUGCUGCCUUUGACAACACAAUGGACAUGGGCAUCGUGGGUACCACCGCGGGUACUUUAUGGUACAUCGACUGGUUGGACAACAGCAAUAUCCGUCUGGUCAGCGGCCACAAGAAUAAGGUGAAUGAUUUGGCGUUUCACCCCAAUGAGAGCCACUUUGCUACCUGUAGCGAAGACGGCAGUCUGAGGGUGUGGUCUUUUCCCGCUAAUGAGCUGGUGGUCCAGUUCCAGGUGCUCGGUCAGUCCUGCAACUGCGUCUGUUGGAGCCCUUUUCCUAGUGAGCAGCGCAUAUCUGUGGCCGCAGGAUACGGCGAUGGCACUUUGCGCAUCUUUCGGCUCGCCACCGCCGAAAUGGAGAGGAAGUUGCAGCCACAUUGCGUUGCUGUCACCGCUAUCCAAUACUCUGCAAAUGGUGAUGUGAUCAUAUCCGGUGGCAAGAAUGGUCUUAUUGCUGUAAGCAACGCCAAAGACGGCACAACUAUUCGCAUCUUGAAGGACCACAAAGGAGCAGCCGUCAGCGCCAUCCAAUGUGUAAAUGAACAGUGUAAGGACUUUGGAAUGGUGGGAAACGAGCUGUGGUUGGCUGCCAGCGCUGAUCGGCGCAUCAGUGUCUGGGCGGCAGAUUGGUUCACGCACAAUUGCGCUUUACUGGACUGGCUCACACUUCCUGCUCCGCCGUAUCGCCAGGAUGACAGUCCACCCCCCAGCCUCGCUUCGUUCUGCCCAACAGACCCCAGUUUGGUGGUCUACACUUCUUACGGAAUAGAGAAAGAUAUUUCCUUCUACAGCCUCUCCAAGAAAAGGAUCAUCAAAAAGAUUGCCAUGCCCCACUGGGCCACGUGUUUCAGCCUCUCCUCCAAGAGUCAACUCAUAGCUUUGGGCUCAAAAGAGCGAGUGUUGAAGCUGAUCGAGUGGACCAGCGGCAAGUUCCAGGACUUUUUACAGCACAGCGAUGCUCUGCAGACGUCCCGCUUCUCCCCCUCAGGGAAGCUCCUCUUCUCUGUGGCCCAUAAUGAGAUUUUCCUGUGGGAGGUUCAGGGCCUCUAAAAAAACGUUUUUUUAAUCUUCCAUUUCUUCUGUUUUUUGUGGAAGAAACAGCUUAAAAUUGUUGCCACUGUGCUGAUUUGGAGACCUUUUUUUAAUGUAUAGUUUUUCAAUACGUUUUCAUGAACAAUAUGUAUGGCUUUUCUCACAACGAAUAUCAAAAUCAAGAUUAAAAGCUGUU